AUGGGUGAUUUCUUAGAAGGAGAGCACUGUUGGUGUCGUUUCCAAAUAGGAAAUGGUGAAAUCCCUUGGCCAUCUAUCAUUAAAAAAAUUUAUGACCAACGAACAGUUAUAGUUCAAGUAUUUGGAACUCCGAAAUUGAUCAAAACAAAAAUUGAGUGGUUAGAACAUGGAUAUAAAUUAUCACCAAGAAAAGUUAUGGAAAUAGCAUCAAAAAUGUCUUUAGAAAAAGAAAAAGUUACUGUGUUGUAUGAUGGACUGACACAAUUUAAAGAGGGUGAAAGAAUUGCUGAUUUACAAGUUCCCUUAGAAAUGGAAAACUUUUGGAUUCAACAAACACUUGAAUUAAUUUAA